UGCAGCGCGACGCCGAGGCGUUAUCAGUUUAGGAAUACUGGAGCACCCCUCGCGGCGACUGUAAACUGGCUCGUGAGAGAGCGCUUGCCUGCGCAAAACACGCUCCCGUUCAUAACUCCGACCGUGCAGAAUUAGGCAGCAUCAUUCGCUGAUAUUCCAUAGAGAGCCGGCGGACUCACAGGCGGUAGCGUCAGAGACCCAGCCCUUUGGAGUACGUGACUGUUAUCAGUGAUCCACAGUUUGCCCAGAGGUGUGGUCUUCCAGAGCCUCUGCCCCACCCACUCACUCCACACUGUUCUGACAUACCUGUCUCAGGUCCCUGUAAGAGCAGCCAUGACAGAAACCGUGACGACCAGACACAGCAAGAGUGGCUGGGCCCUGGGGCCCCACCCUGCGGGGGCGGACCUGACGGAUGAGGAGAAGGAGAUCAUCAACAGCGUGAUCGCCCGUGCUGAGAAGAUGGAGGCCAUGGAGCAGGAGAGGAUCGGGCGCCUGGUGAACCGGCUGAACGACAUGAAGUGUGCUGCCUGUGGGGACGGCGUCUCCCGCUGUCUGUUCUGCGGGGAGCAGUUCGGCGGGGCGGCCAGCUCCGUGGUGUGCGCCGAGUGCAAGAAGAACUUGUGCACCAAAUGCGGGGUGCAGACCAACAGCCGGCCACGUUCUGCAUGGCUCUGCAAGAUCUGCAGUGAGCAGAAGGAGGUCUGGAAGAGAUCGGGCGCCUGGUUCUUCAAAGGCAUGCCCAAGCAGGUCCUCCCCUCUCCCAUGCCCAUCUCCAAGCAGCAGAGCCCCAAAACCCAGCCCCCGGGCCCCCGGGAGCCGGCCGCCCCACCCGAGGCUCCCAGCGUCCCCAGGGCUGAGGCCAGGGGUGAAGAACAGCAGGUGACAGAGGCCAGUCCCCCUGGGAGAGGGGCGCGGCCCCCGGUGGCCCCGAAGCCCUCGGUGGGUCGGGUGGGGCCGUGUGGGGCGGAGACAGGGCCCGGCGAGGCCCAGGACAGCCCCGUGGUGCUGAAGAGGGCCGUCCCGGUCCACAGCUCCCGCCCCCCGCCGGCCACGGCCGCCCCUGGGGCCCAGCAGGCACCGCCCCCAGAGGCAGAGAGCAGCUACUUCACCACAGCCCAGCGGGAGGAGAGAGCACCCCCUGCAGCCUGGGAGGAGACUCGACAGCCGGCAGCGAGCACCCCUCCCCCGGCCCGCCAGCCACAGCCCCCCGCGGAGGAGGACGAGGAGGCUAACAGCUACGACUCGGACGAAGCCACUACGCUGGGCUCGCUGGAGUUCAGCCUGAUGUUCGAACAAGAGAGCAGCACCCUGCACUGCAGCGUCACCAGGGCCAAGGGUCUCAAGCCCAUGGACUCCAACGGACUGGCUGACCCCUACGUCAAACUGCACCUGCUGCCAGGAGCAAGCAAGUCCACCAAACUUCGCACCAAGACCCUGCGCAACACGCGUAACCCUGCCUGGAACGAGACGCUGGUCUACCACGGGCUCACCGAGGAGGACAUGCAGCGCAAAUCGCUCAGGCUGUCGGUGUGUGACGAGGACAAGUUUGGGCACAACGAGUUCAUCGGGGAGACACGGGUGGCCCUGAAGAAGCUGAAGAUAAACCAGAAGAAGAACUUUAAUGUGUGCCUGGAGAGAGUGGUGCCGAUGAAGCGGACCGGGACGGCGGGAUCGGCGCGAGGCAUGGCCCUUUACGAGGAGGAGGGGAAGGAGGGCGGAGACGUGGAGGAGCGCGGCCGGAUCCUGAUCUCGCUCAUGUACAACACCCAGCUGGGCCGUCUCAUCGUGGGCGUGGUGCGCUGCGUCCACCUGGCUGCCAUGGACGCCAACGGCUACUCCGACCCCUUCGUCAAAAUCUGCCUGAAACCCGACAUGGGAAAGAAAGCCAAAAAUAAGACCCAGAUCAAGAAGAAGACUCUGAACCCAGAGUACAAUGAAGAGUUUUCCUAUGACAUUAAGCACAGCGAGCUGGCCAAGAAGACCCUGGAUGUCUCCGUUUGGGAUUACGACAUUGGGAAAUCCAAUGACUACAUCGGUGGCUGCCAGUUGGGCAUUACGGCAAAGGGCGAGCGCUUAAAGCACUGGUACGAGUGCCUGAAGAACAAAGACAAAAAGAUUGAGCGCUGGCACACCCUCCUGAACGAAAGCCAUGUGUCCAGCGACUAGGGCAACACCCUGCCCCCUCCUGCCCUCUCCUGCCCCCUCCUGCCCCCAUCCCACCCUCGCAUGCCUGCCCCAAACUUCCUGCUAUGGACCUCACUACUUCCUGCACGCCCCGUCCACCUUCCUCACACGCCCCCCCUCACACUAAAUACGCACUAAAUAACCCCUCACACCACCCCUCCUGACCACAGAUACUAAUGUAACAUACAUCUUAUUACCUCAGGUAAAUACCCCCCCUCCCCCUGUGCACCCCUUCAUGGGCCAGUCACUCCUUUAGUAGCUAGGAAUCUCCAUCCCUCGCUCUCUCUCUCCCUCUCUCUCUGUCUCUCUCCCUCUCACUCUGUCUCUCUCUCCCUCUCUCUCUGUCUCUCUCACUCUCUCUCCCUAUCUCCCUCUCACUCUGUCUCUCUCCCUCUCUGUGUCUCUCUCCCUUUCUCUCUCUUCCUCUCUCUCCCUUUCUCUCUCUUCCUCUCUCUCCCUCUCUCUCUCUCUCUCCCUCCCUCUAGUUCUCACCACAAUCAGAAGUCUCACACAUUAACAUAGGACACAUUGAUACAUAUUUAUAUGCAUACAGAUUACUGCAGUAGUGUUCUUUUGAAUCAUUAUCUUUAAAACAUGUGAAACAACAACUGAAAUUAUGAUUUGUAAAAUAUGUUUAUAGGAAUUAAUGUGUUGAUAUAGUAAUUUCACAUAGUUUAACCUGUCAUUCAUAAUGUCAGACAUAUUGCAUAGUCCAGCCCUGUUGUUACUGUGAAACCACAAACCACUGAAAACCUGAAAAUGCACUGGCUUGUAAAAAGAGGCCUUCUGAAAUUGUCUCAGCAAUACUUUCUAGUACUCAGUUUAAUCAAAUUUUGCCCUCAGCUUUUACUGAAUCAUAAGGAUCUCCUAGCUGUCCCUGUCAAUAUCUUCUAAACGCUGCAUGUGCAGCUCAUUGAAAUUGCAUGAUUAUAAUAAUUCACCACAGAACAACAUGUCACCCUUAUAACACAUAUUACAACUGAAAAUCCAAAAUGUAACAAAUCGUUUGAUAUAUAUGUCAGAAUAUACUGCAUGUACAGAGUUUGAAUAUAUAUAUCAAUGUCUUUCAUAUAUGCAGUUAUGUAUAUAAAAUAUUCUAUAUUGAAAGAAUUACAUAUUUGCAGAUAUAUCUUAAUGCUAUUUCUUUAUUAAAUAGAUUUAGCAUAUAUUGUAAAAUAGUUUGUACAAUAUAUGUGUAAUCAUGAUGUGCCUGUGUCAGUAGCUGACAUAUUUACAUGCAAAUAUGCCAUAUAUUUUGACAUAUGUUCAUUUACUUUAAUUACAUUUUGGAUUUUAUGUAUGAACUUUUCAGAAAUGGGCAUCUUUGAGAAACACUGAUAACAUGGGUAUAUUAAGAGAUGGCUGUGCACGCUGUGCACUGUGUGCUGAAUUUAUAGACAUAUGCAAAUGAUAGUGCAGGAUAAGUGUACUUAAACAGAUAGGAACGCUUAAUGGGUGAAAAUUUGUUUUGUAGUUCAGGUUUGUAAAAUGGCUGCUCAUCCUGGGCUUGGCUUCCUGGUGGGUAACCGUGUUGCAUCUACUCAGAUUCCCCAAUGAACACUAGGGGGUCCCCCAGUGUCAUGGCUAAACCUGGCUCUCUCAGCCUGCCAACUAAUCAUCCCGAUUUAGUGGCUAAAAAAUCCUCUCCCUCUCCACCUUAGUUGAUGUUCUGCCGCAAAAUGGCUGCCGUGCAUCACCCACGUGGGUGCUACACAUUUGCGGUGGCUGAGGGGAGUGUCCUCGUCAUCAAUGUAAAAUGCUUUGAGUGUGAGAAAUAUAAAUGCAAGGAAUUAUAUAUUAAUUAUGAACAGACUUAAGCCUCUUUUCAGACAGGCGAGAGUCGGUUGCUUCAAGGCAGCUGUGGAAAACGCCUGUUUGAUUGCGACCAUUCAGGACCAAAGUUCAGCAGACGUGUUCAACUCCGCUUAUAGAAUGCAAGAGACUCUUUUGGCUGCGGGAAUGUUAAUCAUCUGUCUGGCAAAGGUGAAAUGGCAUGAGAAUAGGUUACCUCCCAAUUCACUAAUUUGUGCUAGCCAUGUUGUGUCCCCAGAACAGAGGGUUUUAGGGGUGCCAUAUAAACUGUUAUUGAUACUAAUUUAAGUCUUGUGCAGUCAUUGGUCACAAAUACUUUGACCAGACUGGAACUGGAGCAAAGAUAAACCCAUUCUGAAAACUAUACAAGGAAGUCCAGUUUCUGUGUGUGCACUGAAGAAAACGCUUUAAAAAGUUAAUGACGGGGCUGCCUUAAAAUAAAAUAAAGAUUUUAAAUUGUGUAAACAACUUCUUCACUAGAGUUCACUAAACUUAGUUUUAAGGCAGCCCAGAUGUUUUUUCACAGUCUGCAGACACACAAUGGGAAAUUGAGAUUUUGACAAGCUGUGGAAUUGGACACACAGCUGCAAAAAGUCAAUUUUUUGUCUCUGUAAUUAACAGUUAACUUUCCAAACUUGAAUAGCAAUGGUGCACUGAAUGACACAGGAAACCUUAGUGAAUCCCGUUUAGAUGUAAUUUAGUUUGUGUCUCAGUUGAUGUUUACACACACAUGUAUGUAUGUACGUAUGUAUACAAAUGAACACUAUAUUGAGAAGUAGACUAUAUAAAAUAGUUAGUUGUGGAGUUGUUAUAAUCGUUUCCACCACGUGAGAGAGACUCACUUGGUCGCGCUGAGAUUUCAUAAGCGCCCUACUGACCUGGCUUAUCUGCAGUCAUUUCUGAUAAUUUCUACUUGACUGGCUGUGUCGCGCGGCCAUCCGUAGCAGCUGCGCAGAAACGAGCAGCUCUGCCUGCAUGUCGCAUGUCUUUGGCAGCAGGCAGUCGGGCAGCUACAGUGCGCUGACCACCCCCUCCCCCUCCCCCUCUCUCCAUCGACCCCCGGGCCUGUAAGUUUAAUUAUCCGUGCUUUUGGCAUAUACAGUAUAGACGUCUACUGCAGCCCAAGUAAAGCACAUGGUGACGCAGCGCGAAUAAACUCAGGCUUCACUAUUUGCGGUUUACAAAUUACUGUAGAUUACACCCUGCAUGAGAUGUCGUGUGGCUCAUAAUGUAGAGGGCUUCGUCUUUUGUUUCGUUAAUCUUUUUAUUUUCUUCCGGUUUAACUUUUUUUUUUCUAUCACCCCAGACACUUUAUGUUUUUCCGGUUAGCGCGCUUUGUGGGGAUGUGAGUUUGUGGGCGGGGGGAUUUAAAGCAGAAUUUUGUGGGAGAGAAAGGGCUUUGUGUUGUUUUUCUCAGUCGCUUUGAAUGGGGUGGGGGUUUUAGAUAGUCCACCCCUUCCUGAACGAACUUGGAGAGGCCACUCCACGUACUCAGCACAUGGACGAUCAGGUGGAAAUCGGCCUGUGACUGCGCAAAGUAGAUUAAUUCAUGGGCAGUGUACAGUAUGUCAGUGAUCCAUAUUAAGUGGCUGUGUCAUAUCAAAUGCUGAGUUACCAAGCAGGUGCACUUUGUUUUAGGAACACAUCCCUGUAUAUUGUAUUCUUAUUUAUAGUGUCUCGUUUCAUGGUGAUGUACUGUCUCUUCUUAAUUUUCUGCCUAUUAUUAAAUUAAACAUGACCUAUUUAUUUGUAAAUACAUAGUGCAUGCUUUGGGGGACAAAUAUCAGUAUGAUUGCAAUAUAAUUUGCAUGUAAAGAUUUUACACAGAAUUUGGUUCACACUAACAAAUUAAAGGUGACUGGAAAACGA